AUGAGGGAUAUCAAAUGUAUCCCCAAGACACUAUUUGGGAAAAUAAUUCAUCAAAGAAGAGCAACUUGCCAUAUUAGCAGUUAUGAGGCGUUACCAUUGUCUGUUACACAAUAUACUAUCCCAGCUAGCUUGACAAUUACACGAAAAUGUGUGGAGGCAAAACAGCCUAAUACUAGCAUCGAUGUGUGUGCAUACUUGGUUCGUUUUUUACACGCGCUUGCAUCGCUUUCUUAUACUAAAACAGGUACUCAGUCACGGGGGUCAGUUGUGCCUGUGUUUGCUUUCAUUGAAUCUAAAAUGCCAUCAAGGAAGUAUCGUCUGCCUGCUAUUAAUUCUUCGAGCUCUAUGACUAGCACUUUAAUCGUUCAAAAAAUGAGAUUGCACUCACUUCGUAAAUCUGUGAUUCUCAAUUUUAGUGCCCGUCGUGAUUUAAACACAAAAUCCACAGACGAUUCAAAUGUGUCUGUCACAACCUUGUGUGAACGGCGCACCACUGCAUGCUCGAAGUGGUAUGCAAAGCAGGCCAACCAAAAUUUUAUGUUCCCCGAGGACAUUCUCCACGUCGACUCUGAGUACCUUUUAAAUUUCAAAAGCCAAAAACGGCCUCCAAGCUCGAUCGAUAUGUUUUUAGGGUGUCUGCGUGUGGCAGACUCCAUGAAUUGGGAUCUCUCUGUUCUUUUCAAGCAGAUACCGUUUUUAGUGAAGAUUGAAGUGAUAUGCAGGGUGCUCCAGAGGCAGGACAAAAUGGUACGCGAUGAAACCUGUUCAACAUGCUUGACGUUGGAGCAUAUGCUUCAGACUAUUCUCAGGGAAGCGACAGCUAAACUGGGGGAUGAGGCAUGGUUAGUACGUGUUAUCAUGCAUUUGGACGAAACUCACGUGGGUACUGUGAUAAAAGAUUUCACAAUGUUGCGACAAUUGUUGAAAAUGUCUCUAUUUCUUUCGCCUAUCAGCAUUUUACCACACAUUGACCCUGAUAGACUAAUAUAUCACGUACUUCAGUUAGGAGAGCGAGUGUUCGAUGGCUGUUGGCAGGAAUGGUCUGAUGCGCUUGCGGAAGCAGGGCUGCGUUUCGAAGCAUGCGCCUAUGCUUAUGCCGAGUCUCCGAGGAGGUUUCUGGAGCCACAACGUGAACCUUCACUAAAGGGAUUUGGGAAUGCGGUGCUGGAGGCACUAACUCAGUCCCAAUUAUUAAUCGAAGCAGUUCAAAAACUUGGCAAACGGAUGCCUCGAAACUUGGCACAUUACACAUACUGUCUUGCUGCUCUUUCGAUUAUACGGCAACCACACAAGUCUUUCCAAUGCUCUUGCUACACUGAAAGGCACAUUUCUUUUCCCUUUGACCUGCUGGAAACUUCUAUGAGUCGACUUGAAUUUGCAAGCCUAAUUCAUUUUACGUUGUUUUCCGGAAACUGCCAUACUGCGCACCUGCUACUUGCGCAAUGUGCGACGCCAAAAGAGAUAGCAAGAGUGAUGCAGCAUACUCGUGACGCCGGAAACUUUUUGAGCCUAACGGCUCUUAGGGAAAUGCUGUCACGAAGUCCAUCGGAGUGUGCAUAUGUUGUUCUACAUUUGGCUGAGACUGAAGCCCCCCUCUUGUUUGAUGUGAAGGCGCAUUGUGUAGACCUCGAAAUGAGCGUCUGUUUUUUUUCUACUCAACCUGGAGGCAUUCAGCGCACACGAGCCAAAAUGGCGACACAUCAAUGGAGAGAGAUUUAUAAAGUCCUGCAGGAUGUAUUGCCACUUUCAGUUCUGAGCACUGGGUGCCAAUCACUGGAGAUAUUGCUAAAAAAUGUUCCCAUCACAGCUAUUCCUUUCCUAGUUCGCACCUUCUCUCCAUUCACGUCAGAGCUGGUUUCGUGGUGGGCUUCAUUAUAUAUCCAUUCUGGUAAUGAGGAUGCGGCUAUGAAACUACUGAGCUGUAGCUUAAGUCGAAAUGUUCUUCCAGAAGUAUGGGUUUUGGUAGAGCUCCUAGAAUUUCACCGAAAUCACGAAAAGAACUUUAAAUCUUGUGUUGAGCUUAUUAGGACACAGUUUGCUGGAUUGUCUACUGCAGUCUUUAGGGCUUUUGUAGAGCGUACUGCUUACCACCGGGGUGUAGGUUUAAGCGACAAAAGCAUGUCCGAACAGGCACUUGAUCUUCUGUCGAGCGUUGCGAUCCUGGGUUUAUCACAUUACCCUGUUGUGUGUAUUCAGCAAAUUUUGGAGAAAGCCUCGACUCCUGUGGUAGGAGCUAUAUUGCAGCUUAUAAAAGAUGGUGAAUCAAAAACAUUUGGAAAUUCCCCUGCACCUCUUCAGGUUGAUGUCGUGGAACGUCUAGUCGCUGCGGCUCAUACGCUCGGACUCAGCCCCAAACUGGAUGUCUAUGUGGUAUUUGGCCCCUCCAAAGAAUUGACAUGGUGGUCAUCCCAUGGUCUUCCUUGUACAAAAUGCGCCGUGCAUCGCUUGUACAACAGCGGUACUACAGGGCUAUGGCCACUGGUCUUUGGGCGCAUCCAUUCCUUAUCGCGUUUAAACGUAAUGGAGGCACACCAGGCUGUUAGACUCAUGGCGGUUGGUUGUGACAACUCGAAGACAGUGUGCGAGGCUGUGUGCGCCUCGCAAGACUAUCUCUUAGGGGAUUCCAGUUUAUCCAGACCCCUGAAGCGUCAAAACGAAUCCACUUUAAUUAUGACUCUUGCGUGUGUUGCUUCGUCACUUACCGCACGAGGAGAAUGGAGGGCAGCCCUGCAACUUAUCAGUCCUUCUGUAAAGGACUUGCCUCCUUUGUUACGUAUCCUAAAGUUUCAGGCGCUACUUCAGGACCCUCAGGCACGAGAGUUUGCUGAAAUGAAUUUAGCGGAUAGUAUACAUGCCUUUGUUGAAGGUAAUGAAACCGCAAAGGCUUAUCGUUAUCAACCCCUUUUAUACAAAGGUCGGUGGUUUCCUAGGACUCGAUUUCACGAACGCUUACCACGUGCGGUAUUGAGAAAAAGAAGCCGUGUAGAUCGACCUUGGCAGAGUUACUUGACAUUCACUAAAUCUUUAAAGAGACUUCUCGCAAAAUGUGGGAAUAAUGUUCUUGUUGCUCACCAACCUUCUGCUUUUUCGUGA